AUGGUUCGUAAACGAAAACAAGACGGGGGUAAUUUCAGGGGAAAAAAGUAUCAACGUAGCAAGAAACAAGAUGGCGGGAAUUUUUUUACAAAAUUAAGAAAAAAUUCAUUCUCAAAAAAACUUCUCACCGCAGGAAAACAAUUGGCAAUGGGCGCUUUGGGAGGUGGGGAGCAAGCAAGAAACACUUCACCCCCUAUGCCCGUUCGAAGAGAUUACCAACAAAAAGGUGCUGGAAUCAAAAAGAAACGCAAGAGUAAUAAACGUGCUAAACUUAGAAAUACUAUACCGUCCGCAAAAUAUGUAAUGUAUCAUCAAUAA